GAGGAAGGACACACACACACACACACACACUCAUAUACACACACCAAGUGGGAGUGGAGACAGAACGAGACACAGAGCUCAAUAUCUCGAUAGCUGACAGACAUGGCCUCCGCUCAAGCAUCACCCUGCGACACCAGCUUACUGGAGAAGCAUCUCUUGUGCUCCAUCUGCAUGGAUCUAUUUGAGAAUCCCGUCACUACGACUUGUGGCCACUCCUUUUGUAAGGAAUGUCUGGACAAAACCUUUAGAUGCGAUUUAGACGGAUGCCCCCUGUGCAAGGAGUAUCUGAGGAAAACCCCAGAAGUUAACAUCGUCCUGAGAAACAUUGUCGAAGAGACGAAAGAGAUGAAAGAGAGGAAAGAGAGGAAAGACGAUGAGUACACCGGGGCGUCCGGCGAAGUGGCCUGCGACAUUUGUACCAAGCGAAAGCUGAAGGCGAAGAAGUCCUGUCUCGUGUGCCUUGCCUCAUAUUGUUCGAAGCACCUGGAGAACCAUUCGACAAAGGCAAGGCUGAAGGGCCACAAGGUGGUGGAACCUGUGGAAAACUUGGACGAAAGGGCCUGUCUGAAGCAUGGACGCCCCUUGGAGCUGUACAGCAGGCGGACGGAGACGUGCAUUUGUGCACUUUGCAUUCGAGAAGGUCAGGAGGAGAUUGUUUCUAUUGAAGACGAAUGGGACAAGAAGAAGGGCAAGCUUGAAAACACAAAGACAGACUUACACGAGAAAAUUCAGAAGAGAAGAACCCGGAUGGAUGAGACCGAUACGUCUCUGAAAAGCUGCGAGGACCAGAUGGAUACUGAGUGGAGGGAUAUUGACAAUGUGUUCACAGCUGUUGCUGACAUUGUGGAGGAAGCCCAAGCGACGGCUCUCAAGCCGCUGAAGGAGAGGAGAGAAGUUGUCAAGGAAGAGGCAAACGGCAUCAGAAAGGAGUUGGAAGCUGAGAUCAACAGCCUUGAGAAAACCAUCUCUGAGCUGGACAACAUAUCUUUGCUCGAGGAUCACAUCCUCUUCCUUAAAAGUUACCCAUCUCUCACAGAGCUGGACAACCUCAAAAACCUGGGUGUGGCGAGAAGCGACGCCAACCGCAAGGGGAGACUCUCGCUGAACCCGGAUAACGGCUACUGGGUCAUCGUGCACUACGAGGAGGAAGAGUACGCAGCCCUGACGGCGCCGCCGGUUCGUCUUUCCCUGCAAAACAAACCUGAGACGGUCGGAGUGUUUGUGGACUUCGAGAAAGGCCUCGUGUCCUUCUACGAUAUGACGGCUCAGUCUCACAUCUACUCGUUUGCGCAGGAGGGUUCGUUCGGCGACGACCUGCUCCCAUAUUUCAGUCCACAUGCAAAACAAAAUGAGAAAAACGCUGACGCUUUGAUUAUUUCUGGCGAGAAAUAUUGCAAGGAGGACAUGAAGAGUCUUUAGGCUUCGUAGUGAAAACACGGUUUUGUUAGGGUGAUUUUGUUGGAAUAUCCGUCUUUUUGUGGCGAGAUAAUCAAUUUAUAGAUAAUUUGUAGAAGAUUCUUUCUUUUAAAAGGUCUGGGAGGAACUAAAGACCAAAGUUGCAUACAAAUUUCAUACUAACAAGCUGUUCAGUACACAUGGACAGCGUGAGAUGUGUUAGUAUGUCCGUAUGAAACCAAUAGUCCAUAAAUUGCAUUCCAUGCCUUUUAAAAUGUGACAGCGUGCAAACACUGGGCACUACGCCGGCUUAAAUAUCCACACUCCUUACGCCAAUAAUGUGUAUCAAUGAAUGUUGUUACAGUAUACCUCUUGUCCUGACUAAAGUGUUCACCUGAACUACACCAACAACUGUUUGAACAUGUCUGAAAUGUCUACAAAUGUCUACUUUCUAUAGUUAUAGAAAACACAAAAUUCUUACAUCUUAUACUGUCAUCUUGGACCAGCAAUCCCAUAAUAGCUGAUAUGAAUUCAUGGGUUUAUCCUUAUUUAAGAAUGAUUUGACUUAUUCAACAACAAUGUGUAAACUUGAGAGAUACAUGGACUUUGGGAUUGUGAGUAAAAUUAUUAUGAAGGUGGUGGGCAUAUACUACUUGGUGUGUGUGUGUGUGUGUGUGUGUGUAUACAAUGUAGCCAGAUUAUUUACAAUAUGUGCCGUAAUAAACUUGUUUUAAUCUC